AUGGCAAUGCAUAUGUUACAUCAGAUGAAUACAGAUGGAAGUAUUAGUUUACCAUUUGGAUGUGCUGCUGAGACAUAUAUCUUAUUAUUACCAAUUGUAAAAGAUGCACAUUUCAAAUGUCAAAGCCAACAAAAAGUAAAUCAAGCGAUUCAAAAAAACCUUGUUAUUUUUAAACAUAAAGAAGGUGCAAUUGACUUCAAAGGCUGGACAAUGAUUAAUGGCAUGACACAAUCAACAAAUCGCUUGGAUGACAGACUUGAACUAACAGAAAAGGGACAGAGCUAUGUUAUUCAAAUUCAGCAAGGUUUAGUUCUGGAUCUCUAUGGAUGUACAGCUAAAGAAGUAAAGCUCAAACUAUUAACUCCAUUUAAUGGUGCAUCAAAAGAACAAUUGAAGCAACAAGAAAAAUGUGAAGUUAAUAUAUGUAGUGAACAAAAAAUUCAACAGUUGAUAGAACAAAAUAGUCGAUAUAGUCAUGAUGUAGGUUCAUGGACAAUUUUACAUAGUUUAGUUAUGAAUGAAUUGAAGGAAAAGGGAUUCGUUCUUUAUUAUCAACAAGAGGAUCAAAACUUUUCUUUAAAUUCUCCAAAACACUAUUAUCAACUUACUGUAAGUGAUAAUAUGUGGCUUGAACAAGCAAGAGAUUAUGAUGCAAAGUAUGAUCUAAACAAUAAUCAAGCACUUAUUCAUACUCUUGUAGUAGAAGAUGGAGGAAAUUGGGGCACACCUAUAGGAUUUGCAUUAUCUAACAAAGAGAAUAUGUAUACAAUAAGGCUUGUGGUUGAAGCAAUAAGAGCAAAUAUACCUUUACGUUGCAUAAAUCAGAGGAAAUUAAAAGUAUUACAGAAUAACAUUCUUGAAGUUUUAGACAACCCAGACUUUUUAUAUGUGCAUAUGAAUAAUUACAAGCAAAAUACUUUUCAAUCUCUGUAUAUGGCAGAUAAGAUCAGGUUUGAAGAUAGCAAAGCUCAAGGAGUGUCUAAGAUGAUUAAAAAGCUUGCAGAAAAGCAUAUAGUUCCAAUACUUCCUGACUAUUACCUAGUUAAUUAUAUUACAGGCAAAUGUAUCUGUCUUGAUUUCAUUUGGCAUGGAUCAUUUCGUGAUUGUUGUAAACAUGGACAUGCAGCACAUAUCUAUGUAUCUAUAAAGGCAAAUGAAAAUUCAAUUGAUCAAAUAAAAAAAGAACUUAUUCAAUAUUUUUGA